GUCCGGCGCAGGAUUGGUUGUGCUAUCUGUACGGCUGUAGUCUGGCUUUCGGUAGCUUGCUUGCUUGGUUGACUGGCGGGGAUGUAGGCCCCACCGGGGGGACCUGCCCGAGAGGGAGGACGCACCGAAUUACCUGAACUGAGUGUGCAAUAUCGUGACCGAUGGCGGGUGCUGGGUGCCGCGAGAACCCGGAGGAAACGGGGGUGGUGAAGCCAGAGUGAGACUACAGAACUUUCAGGAGUGACUUUGAGGGUGUGAAGAGAACAUCCUCCUGGAUUCAAGCAUGCCGGAGAUGACUCAGAGUGCAAACCCUAAUAAAUCCAAGCAUAGGAAGAAAAACCGGGAGAGCCACAAUGAAGUGGAGAGACAUAGGAAGAAGAAGAUCAACUCAGGAAUCAACCGGAUCGGGGAUCUAAUCCCAUGUUCUCCAGCACUAAAACAGAGUAAGAACAUGAUCCUGGAUCAGGCCCACAAGUACAUCAAUGAGCUCAAGCGCCAGAAUGACGAACUCUUGCUCAAUGCAGGCGACCAGGAACAAGCCCGUGAAAUCCGAAAGCUCAGAAGAGACCUGGCGGACAUUCAGAAGGAGAAUGCGCGCUACAUAGAACUUUUGAAGAGCAAUGACAUCUGUCUGUAUGAUGACCCAACGCUACACUGGAAAGGGAACGCCAAGCGUGCAAAGGCCUCUCUGAUCGCUCCGGCCGACCAGAAACUCCCGCUCUGCCUGAACAGUAAUCAGCUGGCUUCUGCUAACCAAGCUAGUGCCGUGCAGGGAAUUACUUUCAACGUGGGGCAGAGCCUCCAGAAGCAGACAGCCAAUGUUGUGCCGGUGCAAAGAACUUGCAAUUUGGUAACGCCUGUGUCCAUUUCUGGUGUGUUUCCACUGGACAAAGCUUGGCAGCAAAAUGCAACCUCUGCAACAACGACGAGCCAGCAAGUUUCUUUGUGUCUUCCUGUCGUCACGUCGGCUCCUACCGCAACGGACCUUGCUGCAUCAAAAGGCACUCAAACUGUCUUAUUUCACACAAACUCUUUAGCUAAUUUUCCUCUGCCAUCAUGCUCGUCAAGCUCGCAGCUUUAUUCUUCCAGCCAGCCGGCACAGCUAGAAGGCUUAAGGGUGAAACCCAUGGACUCCGCACCAACCCUGACUGUAACCACCUUCAGUAAUCUUCCAUCCCAGCCAUCUCUCUUGGUUUCUCAAGCUGUCAUGAGCCUUCAGGAGUCUCCAAACUCGACCCACGGAAAAAUAUCAGGAGCUGCUGAAACUGUUAAUAACUUGGUUAGGGAGAUUUUCCCCAGUGUUCAUAUUGAAUCAAGCCCAGAGGUGGUGGUCACUUCAAGAGAUGUAAACCCCCCCUCGGUUGAAGUUCACAUGGCUUCUGCUGGUCCCUCUUGUCUGGAGAGCAGCUGGUCUCUUUCUAACACCUUGCCAGAGCUAAAAAACAUUGGCAGCUUAACACGAAUCCCCUCAGAUGGAAAUACACAAACUACCUGGACCACAUUGCAGCUUGCAGGGAACACCGUGCAGCCAUUAAUUCAAUCUUCCUCCUGCGCAGCGUCAACUCUAUUGGUUGAGCAGAUGGUGGCACCUAAAGACCAGGUUAAUCCGCAAAUGUCAGCUUGUGUAAACAUAAGUAACAUAGCCUCAGAAAAUAGGACUGGUGAGCCAGUAAUGGUGCAAAUGCCUUCUUAUCAACCUGUCACAGUCCAGCCCUUUAAAUCACCACCACAGCCACAAAGCACAGCCAAUCUUCUUCCACUUAAUCAGCCGAUGCAAGUAAUUCAGGUGGCCCAGCCAUUUGGUGCAGCUCUAAAUCCAGUUCCACCUAAUCAAAACAUUAUAUUGCUUCAGCCCCCAGCACCGGUUCCUUGUCCACCUCUUCCUAAGCCAACAGUGGGCCAACAAAUUGUUAUAAUCCAGGCAGCGCCUAACCAGAAUCCCAUACCCCUGGUGUCUGCACAGCCCUCACCCUCAGUGGUGAUGCCUAUAAAUGCACCCAAUCCCGUAGUUUGCCCGGCAAACCCAGUGCAAAGUAUAGUGGCUCCACAGACAUUUGGGGCUAAGCAUCUUGUGCACAUAUUGCCCAGACCUGCACCUGUACAGCCUUCAGGUUCCACCCAGCACGUGUCGGCGUCCACUACCGCCUCAAACCAACAGCCCCCCACAAUUUCCUUAAACGGUCAGUUGUUUGCACUGCAGCCAGUGACUCCUUCAGCUGGCUCCUCAAGCCAAGCUCCAAUGCAAAUUAUCCAGCCCACAACCAGCGAAGAUCCCAACACAAAUGUAGCCCUGAACACCUUUGGUGCAUUGGCCACCCUUAGCCAGAGCAUAUCUCAGAUGGCUGGACAGAACUGUGUACAGUUUACGCUGAACCCCUCAGUUGCAUCGUCCUUGGCAGCCAAUAACCUACCAGUAAACUGUGCUUCUGUGCCUGUGUCCAGUGUGACAACCGUACCCGCUGAAACGUCUGUUGUACCAGUUGCUUCUGUACUGGCAAAGCCUUUAUCUGUCAAACCAGCUAGUGGCACUCCACCCACAUCAAAGCCAAAGAAGACCAUCAAGAAGCCAGCUGUUAAGAAGGGAGGUCCCUUGAGAAAAGAAGCCACCCCAACAGUUAUACCUGAUGAUUCAUCAGAAGCUUCAAAAUCUCAGGCCCACAGUGACGAACAGAACCAGGUGGAAAAAUUGUCUGCUCCUAACACAGCUCAAGAGAAAGCAAGUGCCACAGAUGGCAUGUCCCAAAAUAUUGACCAAACUCAAGCGUUGACAGGUGCCGAGGCCUGUGCUUCUUUGACACUGAAUGUGGGAAUGGAAGGGGACAUUCUCAGUGAAUCCAAAUCGCAUGAGCACGUUCCAGCAGAAUUUUCAGCCUCUAGAGAUUUUGUUGCUGAAGAGGUUUGUGCUAAUCAGAAUGAGAAGAGACUGUUCUCUGUUGCACCAGCCUCGCCUAAGACAGAGGUUCUGGCAGCCAUGCUCCCCUUAAAAGAGCAAUCUGUUCAGGACUGUCUGCCGGUUGACCAGUCUGUAGUGACUAUUGAUGAACAUUCAAAUUCGGCUUCCAAAGAUUGCCUAAUUCAAGGGAAUACUGCAGACUUAACUGCUGCUGACUUGUUGGAUGUGCAGAUUUUAUCAGAUGAGCCGAAUGUCGGAUCUCCUGAAAAAGCCACCGCAGAUGUCUCAGACAGCUCUAGAUCAAUGUACAGUGAAACCAAGUCAAAUGAUGCCUUGACGACUGAUUCCAUAAUCUUGGCCACUUCAGUUGUCCACAUUGCUCAGAACCAGUCUAGUACAUCCGAACAUGAAGUUGUUAGUUCGUGUGCUAAUAAUCGACAGACUGAUUCUCCUAUGUCCAAUAGUUCUGUAAGCGGUCGAAAUUUUACUGUUGCCUCAAUGUUGCCGGAUACCAGUAGGCAGGACACCGCUAACCCCAUUUCCUCCGUUCCAACUUUUAAUGGAUGCGGUUUUUCUGAGCAAAAUGAAAUGGUUGCAUCUGCUGCAAGAACUAUAUUUAAUCAAGAAAAUAUUACCAAGGAAAAGACCAGAACACAGGUAGAAGUUGGAGAAGCUGUUUCUAAAAACAUAGAAGUAGUAUUGCCGGGGGAUUGUCGCCUUCCGUUCAAGCCGCAUUCAACCAAAGAAGGAACCUCUGGGCUCCCAUCCAUAUCGCACUCCUUCAGUACGUCAGAAACCAAUACCCCAUCAACCUCAAAUCGGUUGGUGGAUAAAACUCAUUGUAACCUAGGGAUGAAUAGCACUAAUCUCUCCCUGCAAAUUUCAACGUCUCAGUCUCAAAGUAUGACCAGUUUGAGCAUCAAUAAUUUGAUACACCAGCGUGGGAUAACGCACUCUGUUGCAAACUCUGCAAAUGUUUCUCAGGCAUCGGAGCAUUUGCAUUUGACUACGUCCAUUAAUUCGUCAGCUCCCUCCAGCAGUUACCAAGGGCAUUCUGCAGGGACGAUGGUCUUAUCUGAGUACCACCAAGAAGAACUAAAUUCUAUGAAGACUAGAGCCAUGCAGGUCCCCUCAACCACAGAUUCCCUUUUGAAGCAAAACUUAGACGUUCGGAAAGAAUCUACGAAACGCACUGCACAUGGGGAUGAGUUACUGUCGGCUGCCAAGAGGCAAAAACACUUUCAAGGCCCCAUGAGAAUUGAAAGGAUUCAACCAUCUGACGGUGUAGGAGAACGUAAUGAUAUGUUGGGUGGUCCAUUACCUUCAGACUCAUCUUUGUCUGGACGUAUUCAGAAUCGUGGAGAGGGAAUUUCUAGUCUAUUCCCAGCAAAUAAUAACUUUGUUACCCCACAUCUAAGGCAAAGUGACAUGCGUUGCAAUUCUCAGCCGCCAGUCUCUGAGCAGAGUCAGAUGGGGAAUAUUCACCUUCAGCCUUUGCAACAACACCAGCAGGCAACACUUCUUCAUAAUAGCAAUCUUUACCUAAAGCAGCAACAAACUGGACACAUGCGGGAACAGCAUAAUUUGUACCAACAGCAGCAGCAACAGCAACAGCACCACGUUUCACUUGCAGACAGCUCUGUUCGCAAUCAGUCCCACAAUGUACAGCAGCAAAGAAUGAUACAGCAGGAUGUUCAGAUGCAAAAGAAACGAACCCCAAUUCAAGGUGCCCAGGUGGGAAGAUUGUCUCUACACCAGAAACAGAUGCCUGAGCAAAACAGGCAAAACACAGCUCAAGCUCACUCGCACCACCAACAGAUCCAGCAGCAGAUGCCAGCUCAUUUUGGGUCCACGCAGGCAGAAAAAUCUUGUGAAAAUAAUACAUCAGCCCGAGGUCUUCACAGUUCUCAUCAACAAAGCCAUAUGAGUCAGGACAUUCGUCAUCAGCAUCAACAGGAUAUCAACAACAGGGCACAGGGGUCUGUGGUAUCUUCAGAACAUCUGCCAGGUCUUGGCCAAGUCCAGAGACUUUUAACCUCCAGAAGUUUAGAGCAACAGUUGGUGUCGCAGCCCAGUGUUGUGUCCCAGACUACAAACCUGAACAUGAGUACAUCCCAUCGGCAAGAACGAAAUCGAGUUUCAAGCUACUCGGCAGAGGCACUUAUUGGUAAAAGUACUUCCAACUCAGAGCAGAGAACGGGAAUUUCGGUCCAAGCUUCUAGGGUAUCAGAACAAAUGGAAAUGAGAAAGUAUUUAGAUGCUUCUAGGAAUAAAGUUAUGUCAACUCACAAUAUUCAGAGCCGGAUGACCAUAGAGCAUUCUGUAAAUACAGAUUCCCAGAGACUUGCCGAUUGUCAAACCUUUAAGCCAAGUGGUUUGAACCAGCAGCAGCAGCAACAGCCAGCUUCCUUUGAGGUCCAGACGUCAAGAAACAAUGAUGGUGGCACCACAGCCAAUAUGAGAAGUCUGCAAUCCCAGGCCUACAGACUUAAUCAGAAUCCCAAUUCGGCAAUGGAUCGGCAAAAGCAUAUGCCAUACCAGACUAUACAAGAGGUCCCUGUUUCUAAUUCGCUUCAGAUUCGAGAUAAUGAAAAUGCUUGCCAUCAAAGCUUUAUGCAGAGUCUUUUAGCCCCACAUAUUGGAGAGCAAGUUGGUUCUGGUCAGCGGGCAAUAUCGGGUCCUCCACGUACACAGUACAACUCUUCCUCCAACCUUGAUUUUGGUUGCCCACCAACUCGUGAUGCUCUCCAUUUAAGGAGAGAUAGUGAAGUCCAGAAUAGGGAAAGCUGUGACUUGUUAAUGGGACAGGUCACUUCGAGAAAUAAUUCUUUAAAUAUUCCUUUCUCCAGCUCUUCUGGAGAUAUACAGGGAAGGAACACCAGCCCUCACAGUACAAACCAGAGGUCCAAUUCGAUUAGGCAAGUCGACAGUCAAGGUGCCAAGAACCAGCUUAAUAUCCAAGUGUCUAUUAACAUGCAUGGGAUGGUUCACCCACCCAUUCCCCACCAGUCUGUUUCACAUGGAAAUGUCGAUCAACGGCAAACAGUGAGGCAAGUCAACCCUUCAGUUUCACAGCGCUCAAGGCAUCCUUUACAGGAGGAACCAGAUUCCAAGGCCAGACAGUCUGAAAGGAGCAGGUCCGGGAGCCAAAGACAUGGCAAUAUGUUUGACCCGGCCUUGCCUCACCUUCCUCUGGGUGGUCACAGCAGCAUGAUUCUUGGGCGCCAGCAACCUGUUACAGAAAAAAGGCCUGGUAUUGUUCGCUUCAUGCCAGACACCCCUCAAGUGCCCACUGACAAUUCAAGCCAUGAUCAACACACUUUAACCCAAAACUUUCCUUUUGCCUUCAUACCAGAUGGUACAAUGAACCCACAGAUAAAUGCAAAUGCCUCUUUUAUUCCUCCAGUCACCCAGGCCACUGCCACCCGGACUGCUGCUCUCAUUCCUGUUGACCCACAGAACACUUUGCCAUCAUUCUAUCCACCAUAUUCACCAGCUCACCCAAGCCUGUCUAAUGACCUCACAUUGCCAUAUUUCUCUAACCAGAUGUUCGCCAAUCCCAACACAGAGAAGACCAACAGUACAGGCCUGAACAACCGGUUUGGUUCCAUAUUGUCUCCACCUCGACCUGUUGGCUUCUCCCAAACCACGUUUCCCCUCCUCUCGGACAUGCCUCCAAUGCACAUGGCCAACCCCUCACACCUGUCCAACUUCAAUUUGACAUCCCUUUUCCCAGAGAUCGCCACUGCUCUUCCCCCUGAUGGAUCUGCCAUGUCUCCUUUACUGUCCAUAUCGCACCCCUCAGCUUCGGACUCCUCUAAGCAGACAUCAAAUCGGCCUGCACACAACAUAAGCCAUAUACUGGGUCAUGACUCAAGUUCAGCUGUUUAAUGUUGAGCAGAUCAUGUUUGCAGAUCUAGUGCAGAAUGGAUCAAUUUUUAUUUGUACUUGUGUUGUCUUUUGGAAGCUGAUGUCUUUGUCAAGAGUUUUCUAAAUGUUUCUCACAUGAGGUUUAAAGUAAAACUGUGGUUGGGCUAUGGACAGUCAAAUAUUUACAUAUUACGAUCAGUAAAUACAUUUUUUUUUUAAGGUAUAUCUAAAGCAGGGGUGUCGAACUCUAUUUCGUUGCGAGCCACAUCAGCAUUAUGGUUGCCCUCAGUAGGUCGCUUGUAUUUGUAAGACUAGAUGUGCAGAAGACCCCCUCAUCCCAAAAUCAGAUGUCAAGAGCUCCCCACCAUCAGAACUAAAAAUUCCUCCACCUUCCCUUCUGUCACAGUGGGUGCAGAGCUGGGAAGCAGCUGAGAGUAGAGAUGGGAAGCAGAAAGUGCAGUGUCUGGAGGAGGACCAGAGGAGGGAUGGAGUCAGCUGAAUGCUGAGACCAGGUGAGGCAGAGGCAAGGGGGUGCUGCAGCUUUACAGAAUGAUACAGGACCUGUAGGAGGAGUUCUGUUUUCUGCUGCAAACUGUUGGGCUAAGCCUCUCUGUGGCUGCAUGGAGGAGUGUAGGAUCUGGUGGAGAAAAUCUGUCUUCUCUGCUGCUGACUGCUUAGACAAGGUGCGGUAGAGAGGAGGGCAUAUGAAAUGGCCUGGUGGGCCUUCGGUUUGAUACGUGAUCUAAAGGUUCCUUUGUGACACUCUAAGCAGGUCUCAAACCAAAGUACUAUGUGGUGCACAAGCUCCAUAAAGAAACGUUUUUGACUCAACCUCCGUUCUUAAAGUUGGGCUGAACAGAACAUCUCGAAAAACAUUUUCAGAUGUUUGCAUUUUUUUAAUAUUGUAACUGUGGUUCUCAUUGGCUUUGCUUAAGUGGAGCUCAUGCCAAGAUAUUUUUCUUGUUGGUGAAUGGAGGCAGCUCUCCAUAUGCUCCCUCCUCCACAGGAGCCUACUAUUGGAGCCUGUGAACCCAGUGGGAAGACUUCCCUUCACCACUUCUGGUCCUUUCACGAGAGCCCGGCUUGAUCACGCAAGUGAAAUUGAUAUUGGAAUAUAUGAAGGCUAGAAAGGUUUAGCUUGCAGCAGGGGCCCUGGUUUCCAAGGCUCAGAAGAGGGUGGUGGGGAAACUGUACUCCCGUGGCAAUGGAUGGACAACCAAGACCUUGGUUGGUUCUCUCUGGUCAAACUAAAAAAAAAAUAGAAAUAUGUUGGGGUGAACAAGUUUUCCAUAUUGCUACACCAACCAUUUAAAUUUUUUAUAUUAAUGAAAAAUUGCCUUGAGAUUGGAUCACAGACUUCCUUUGAUAGUCUUAGAUUGGCUGCACCAGGAGUUUCAUUUUGACAGUAGGGAAGCCAAAAUACUAUAUUAGAACAUUGAAACAAUUCUUGUAAAAACAGAACAAAACAAAGAUCUGUGUAUAACCCAAGAUGUUGUGUGGAGGAUGGACAAAGUUAACCAAAAAGCCCUCCAAUCAGACACAAAGCAUAGCACUGUAAAGGCUUCUUCCACCACAUAUCCAAAAAGUAAGAGACGUGCAAAUCAUUCCUUUACACAUGGCUAUCUGUAUGUCCAAUAAUGUAUGCAGCUAUAUAAACAAUAAAUAAAUAAUUUAAUAUUAAUUAUA